GUCACAUGACACGGUCAGGAAGAAAUUCAGAGUGGUACUUGUCAUACAGCUUUUUAGUUUUUCUGAGACGUUGUUUACCAUCCACAUUCCUUGGUGGGCGUAAGAAGGAUAUUUACAGAAACAUUUGCUGCCCUCUGAUAUGGUCGCAGUUGUAAAUGAGAACUUGUUCUCAACUGGCCUGCCUGGUUAAAUAAAGUUCAUGUCAUAGCCAAAGCAUGCUGCAUUGUUAAUGGCUGAACUAUGAAGGCACAACUUCAAGUCACUGUUCUGUCGGCCAAACUGAAGGAGAACAAAAAGAACUGGUUUGGCCCCAGUCCGUACGUGGAGGUGGCUGUGGACGACCAGUCGAAGAAGACGGAGAAAUGCAGCAACACCCACACCCCCAAAUGGAAGCAGUCACUCACAGUAAUUGUCACACCUUUCAGUAAGCUCAUUUUCCGGGUAUGGAGUCAUCAGACGCUGAAGGCCGACUUCCUAUUGGGCGUGGCCACAUUGGACAUGAGUGAAACCCUCAAGUCCAAUGAUAUGAAACUCUCUGAGGUGGUGCAGAUCUUACAGCUGUGUUCAGACCAGGACAACACAGACGUGGUGGGAGACCUGUCCAUCUGUCUGGAUGGUGUGCAGGUGGACCCAGAGACCUUUGCCUCUGCAGAGAGAGACCAUGCAGCUACUGCUCCCAACAGGGACGUGAGGCAGAACGAAGAUGGAGGCAACAGGUCCAGCAGAGACACGUCACCUUCCAGUGACUCUACAGAGGACUGGGUGAUCAUCCCCAAUGGCCACGAGAUCAACUGCACGGGGUCUCCCGCCCCAUCCCCAAGGGGCUCCAAGUCCACACGCCCCCCCAGACCUGCUCGUCCUCCUCCACCCACCCCUCGCAGACCAGUCGCUUCCCCAGCGUCCUCUAGCAGCUCCACUCCCAGCGACGUGAGCGAGCCCCCGGCUUCAGACGGCUCCUCCUCGGACCCCCCUCCGGAGAACGGCGCAGAACCCCCACAGGCAGCCAGCAGCAGCGGACCGGAAGCCAUUGGGGCACCCCCAGCCGGAGGGCUACCCCAACUCAGCCCUGUCAGCAACGGCCCACUGCCACCGGGCUGGGAGCAGAGGGUGGACCAGAAUGGGCGCAUGUAUUACGUGGAUCACAUUGAAAAGAGGACGUCAUGGAACCGACCCGAUUCUCUCCCCUCUGGGUGGGAGCGGCGAGUGGACCCAAUGGGCAGGGUGUACUUCGUGGACCACAUCAGCCGGACCACCACGUGGCAGCGCCCUACGCAGGAGUCGGUGCGUAACUUUGAGGAGUGGCAGCACCAGCGCAGCCAGCUGCAGGGGGCCAUGCAGCAGUUCAACCAGAGGUUCAUAUUCGGACUCCAGGAUCAGCAAAUAGCCGCAGCAAACAAAGAGUUUGACCCGCUUGGGCCGCUGCCACAUGGCUGGGAGAAGCGAACAGACACCAACGGCAGGGUAUAUUUUGUUCACCACACAUCGCGGAUGACCCAGUGGGAGGACCCACGGACGCAAGGGCUGCUUAAUGACAAGCCUCUACCUGAAGGCUGGGAGAUGAGGUUCACUGUGGACGGCAUCCCCUACUUUGUGGACCACAACAGGAGAACCACCACCUACAUCGACCCUCGCACAGGCAAAUCCUCCCUUGAGAACGGGCCUCAGAUCACCUACGUCAGGGACUUUAAAGCCAAAGUGCAGUACUUCAGGUUCUGGUGUCAGCAACUGUCAAUGCCACAGCACAUCAAGAUCACCGUCACCCGCAAAACCCUCUUUGAGGAUUCAUUCCAGCAAAUAAUGAGCUUUCAUCCACAAGAUCUCAGACGGAGGCUGUGGAUAAUAUUCCCCGGAGAGGAAGGCUUGGACUACGGAGGAGUGGCAAGGGAGUGGUUCUUCCUGCUGUCUCAUGAGGUGCUGAACCCCAUGUACUGCCUGUUUGAGUACGCUGGGAAGGAUAACUACUGUCUCCAGAUCAACCCUGCCUCUUACAUCAACCCCGACCACCUCAAGUACUUCAAGUUCAUCGGACGCUUCAUCGCCAUGUCCUUGUUCCACGGGAAGUUCAUCGAUACAGGAUUCUCCCUGCCCUUCUACAAGCGCAUCCUGAACAAGCCCCUGGCCCUAAAGGACCUGGAAUCCAUUGACACGGAAUUCUACAACUCCCUCAUCUGGAUCAAGGAUAACAACCUGGAGGAGUGUGGUCUGGAGAUGUUCUUCUCUGUGGACAAGGAGAUCCUGGGGGAGGUUACUACUCACGAGCUGAAGCCGGACGGAGGCAACGUACUGGUCACUGAGGAGAACAAAGAGGAAUACAUCAGGCUGGUGGCAGAGUGGAGAUUGUCCAGAGGUGUGGAGGAGCAGACCCAGGCCUUCUUCGAGGGCUUCAACGAGGUCCUCCCCCAGCAGUACCUGCAGUACUUUGACGCUAAGGAACUGGAGGUGAUGCUGUGUGGCAUGCAGGAGAUAGACCUGGUGGACUGGCAGAGGCACACCAUCUACAGACACUAUGCUCACAGCAGCAAGCAGAUCCUCUGGUUCUGGCAGUUUGUGAAGGAGAUGGACAACGAGAAACGCAUGAGGCUGCUACAGUUUGUCACUGGCACCUGUCGGCUCCCCAUGGGUGGCUUCGCUGACCUCAUGGGGAGUAAUGGGCCACAGAAGUUCUGCAUCGAGAAGGUGGGCAAAGAAAACUGGCUUCCAAGAAGUCACACUUGCUUUAAUCGACUGGACCUGCCCCCCUACAAGAGCUACGAGCAACUGAAGGAGAAGCUGAUGUUUGCCAUCGAGGAAACUGAGGGCUUCGGACAGGAGUAGUAACACACGGCAGCCUAAAUGGCCACCAUGAGGAGCCAUUCUCCACGCACUUUGAUCUGUCUAGGUUUCAGGCAGCUGCACUUUUUCCCCCUUUUUCCCUCUUGAGAUGGACAGGCACUAACAGACGCGUCCCUUUCUGCCACGUUAUACAGACCCCCAAAGUCAUUACACCUGAGGUGGAAUCACUGUCUCCAUGGUGACGACCCUUCAUACUGAAUGAUUCCGCUUUCACCCCCUGACCUGUGUAACCCUGUUGAAGCUUGCCUUAUUCUGCCUAAUCAGACCACGUGUCCGGGAAGAGAGAGAGGAAGGAGAGGGGAUGUUCCCUCCCCAUGUCACAUCUGCCUGUCACCUCUUCACCACAGUAGUUAAUAAUCACGGAAGAUAUUCACUACAAUGUCAGCUGUUUCAUUUCUUCCCCUUCGUCUCCCUGAGCGCAGACUGUUGAGUGUAUGAAUGAAUGCUAGAAUUGUGUGCUGCUGACUCUUCCAAAAAAGUCCCCUUGUCAAUUUGUGACAUUUAGAGUGUUUUAGUUGAUUUAACAUGUUGCUUUCCAGAUGAAAUAUUGAAUCUUAAGACAUUUACUUUGCUGGUAAGGGUUUUUGUGAAUGUUAUGAUGAAAAGCUUUAUUUUUGGCGUGCAAUAGUUUUACAGUCAGAUGUUUAUGCCCUUUAUAUAGAUAAACCAGACGUUCAUUAAUUACCUCAAUCCAAAGUUUUUGUUUAUAAAGUCAGUUGUAAUCAAGUCUAUGUAUUGAUUUCAACCCUGAAUAUUGAAAAUGUUUUUAUUUAAUUUUUUUAUAGCCUGAAAUUGUUGUAGCAAAACAGGGUCGUAUUCAUGUUUCACCUAAUGGGAGAACAUUGAUCUUUUUUUAAAACUUUGAAUAUUUUUGUGCCUUCUGACCAUGACCCUGGUUUGUUGUGUGAUUUGACCCUUUCUUUCCCAAACAGUCGGCAUUAGGACCGUACUUGUCUACAAUAAUAGCAUUGUUUUAAUUUUUAAGGCAAACCGAAUGAGUUACUAAUGACGUGGGAGUGUCAGCAGUGUGUCAAAAGUUAAUGUAAGGACAACCGAUAAGGAAAGAGUAAAUUUAGGAAUUAGAAAUAAGACAACUGCUUGUGAAAAUCACUCCCACUGAAAGGUAAACCUUUUUUUGUUGUAUAGAGAAUUAUCAUCAACUCCAAGAUCUAAUGAUUAAGGACUAGUUUAAAUCAUAUCUGCGCUAGCGGACACCCGCAUAGCUGUUGUUUUGGUGGUGUCUGAGGUGGAACUGUGUUGGAGCUGUCAAAUCCACAAGCGGCUGAUGGGGUUUUACCUGAAGCAGACGUUGCCACAGAAAUCCCAUGCAGCUGUGUUACAAUUCCGAACACUGGCAUCUGUGAUGUAAUCUACACCUCGAUUAGGAUGAUAUAAAUCCUUAUUAUUUUGUUAAUUGAUUUUCAAUUUGAGCAUCAUUAUUUCUAUAUAGCCUAGACUUUCUCGUUCUGAGCUUCUAACACAUGUGGAAGGGGUGUGGCUUAGAGACCAUGUUAAAGAGCAGCUGCUCAAUGAUUUGACGUCAGAAUUGGCAAAAGGAGUUACCUCAGCGACUUUGAGGGUGGUAUGAUCCUCGGUGCCAUUCGUGCCGAUUGGGCUUUUCACGCACGACAGUGUCUAGGGUUUACAUAGAAUGGUGCGAUGAAGAACAUUAAGUCAGUGGCAGUCCUGUGGGCUAAACGGCUCGUUAAUAAGAGGCCCGAAGGAGAAUGGCAAGAAUUGUGCAAGCUAACAGGCCGGCCACAAAUAGGCAAAUAAUGGCACAGAACGGCAUCUCGGAACGCGCAACUUGUCGGUCCUUGUCGCGGAGGGGCUAUUGCAGCCGACAACGGCACCGGGUUCCACUCCUAUCAGCUAAACACGAGAAGGGAUUACCAACACUGGACAAUUGAGGAGUGGAAAAACAUUGGCUGGUCCGAUGAAUCCCGGUUCCUUUUCCGUCAUGCUGAUAGCAGUCAGGAUUUGGCAUAAGCAGCAUGAGUCCAUGGCCCCAUCCUGCCUGGUGUCAACAGUACAGGCUGGUGGUGUAAUGUUGUGGGGAAUGUUUUUCAGGCACACCUUAGGUCCCUUGAUACCAAUUGAGCAACGUUUGAACAUUUCCAACACCUUGUAGGAUCAAUUCCCCGGAGAAGUCAGGGUGUUCUGGUGGCAAAGAGGGGUCCAACCCGGUACUAGAUGGGUGUACCUAAUAAACUGGACGCCGAGUGUUUAUAUGUAUGUCCCAGGCCCAUAGUCCUAAGAAAUAUAUAUAUUUAGCGGCCCUAGUUUUAUAGGGUUCAGUUUUGUCAUUCUAGAGUUUUUACACAUUGCAAAAUGUUCCAUAACUUUUUCCUUCGUGUGACCUGAUGAACAUCACCAUGUUGAUUGGCAUUGAAUGAGAUCUACCAUUUCUGACCUUUUGUGAACUCUGCUUCUCAGGCAUUUCUUCAACAUGCCUCUCGGUAGCAUUUCUUCGCAAGAACCGUGGCAGUAUAAUCAAGUUAGAUUAAAUAUAGCUUUCUUUCAAGAAAUGUUUAGGUCACAGAUGUGUAUUUGCAGUCAAAUCAAGCAUCCAAGUGACACACGUAAUAUCCUUGUCGUGAGUGACUGGUAUUUGAAUUCAUUUGACACCAAUUUACAUACAGUGCAUACGGAAAGUAUUCAGACCCCUUCCCUUUUUCCACAUUUUCUAACGUUACAGCCUUAUUCUAAAAUGGUUUAAAUAAUAUUUUUCUCAUCUACACACAAUACCCCAUAAUGACAAAGCAAAAACAUUUUUUUUAUUUUAGCAAAUGUAUACAAAUAUUAUAAACGGAUACCUUAUUUACAUAAGUAUUCAGGCACUUUGCUAUGACUCGGGAAUUGAGCUUGGCUAUAUCCGGUUUCCAUUGAUCAUCUUUGAGAUGUUUCAACAACUUGAUUGGAGUCCACCUGUGGUAAAAUUCAAUUGAUUUGACAUGAUUUGGUAAGAGACGCAACUGUCUAUAUAAGAUCCCAGAGUUGACAGUGGAUAUCAGAGCAAAAACCAAGCCAUGAGGUCAAAGGAAUUGUCUGUAGAGCCCUGAGACAGGAUUGUGCCUUGACACAUAUUUGGGGAAGGGUACCAAAAAAAUUCUGCAGCAUUGAAGUUCCCCAAGAACAUAGUGGCCUCCAUCAUUCUUCAAUGGCAGAAGUUUGGAACCACCAAGACUCUUCCUGGAGCUGGCCGCCCAUCCAAACUGAGCAAUCGUGGAAGAAGGGAGGUGACCAAGAACCUGAUGGUCACUGACAGAGCUCCAGAGUUCUUCUGUGGAGAUGGCUGUCCUUCUGGAAGGUUCUCCUAUCUCUGCAGCACUCCACCAAUCAGGCCUUUAUCGUAGAGUGGCCAGAUGCAAGCCAUUCUUCAGUAAAAGGCACAUGACAGCCCGCUUGUAGUUUGCCAAAUGGCACCUAAAGGACUCUGACCAUGAGAAACAAGAUUAUCUGGUCUGAUGAAACCAAGAUUAACCUCUUUGGCCUGAAUGUGAAGCGUAACCUGUGGAGGAAACCUGGCACCACCCCUAUGGGGAAGCAUGGUGGUGGCAGCAUCAUGCUUUGGGGAUGUUUUUUAGCGGCAGGGACUGGGAGACUAGUCAGGAUUAGGGAAAGAAGAAUGCAGCAAAGUACAGAGAGAUCCUUGAUGAAAACCUACGCCAGAGUGCUCAGGACCUCAGAAUGGGGUCCAAGACAACGCAGGAGUGACUUGGGCACAAGUCUCUGAAUGGACUAACCAGAGCCUGGGCUUGAACCCAAUCGAACAUCUCUGGAGAGACCUUAAAAUAGCUGUGCAGCGACGCUCCCCAUCCAACCUGACAGCUUGAGAGGAUCUGCAGAGAAGAAUGGGAGGAACUCUCCAAAUACAGGUGUGCCAAGCGUGUAGCGUCAUACCCAAUAAGAUUUGAGGCUGUAAUCACUGCCAAAGUCGCUUCAACAAAGUACUGAGUAAAAGGUCUGAAUACUUAUGUAAAUGUUAUAUUUCCGGGGUGCGGGGUGUUGUAAAUUUUAAAAAAUGUCUAAACCAAUUUUUGCUUUGUCGUUAUGGGGUAUUGUGUGUAGAUUGAUGAAGGGGGAGAAAGCAAUUUAAUCAAUUUUAAAUGAAGGCUGUAACUUAACAAAAUGUGGAAAAAGUCAAGGGGCCUGAAUACUUUCCGAAUGACAAAAAUAGUGUUAAUCCCAGCCUAGUGGCUGUCUUAGCUGUGAGUGUCUGGGUUGUUUUGGAAAGACUCCUUGAACUUCCAUUAAGAAACACACUUUUCGUUUAAAAACAAAUAUUUUCAAAACGUCAUGUAUUGUGUGCCGUGGCUGUCUCGUCUCUGAUACCACUUUAUAACUGGGUGUAAAGUCAGGGCGAUUCGACAUCCCAUUGCUUCACUGCAUCCUCAAGACUUCUUGACCACACACUCAUUCUGGCUCACCACCUCAUAGUGCACUGCCAUGAAGAGAUUGCUGUUAUUAACAAAUAACAAGUGAUAGCGCCUUACUCGGCUUAUUAACCACUUUAAAUUAUUGUUCUUUUUUAAAGUAUUGCCAUGUUCCCAGAUCAUAAAGGAAUAAAAUGUACAGAAAUGUGUUGGUGUUAACUAAUCAUGUUGAUAGUAUUUUUCAUUGUUAAAGCUCUCUAACAUUUUAAUAAAUGUGAGUUAAUGGUUGGAUACUAGUUAUUUUUUCUUAUGUGAAGAUGAAGGAUCUUUAUCAUGUAAAAAAAAAAAUCUAAAUAAACAAUGGGCAACUGGAA